AUGCCUGCGCUACUUGUUACUGAUGCAGCUGAGACAAUAGCGAAUAGUGGUUUGUUUUCGCGGGCUGUGAAUGAGACUGGUGAUGCGCUGCAGGUUAUCUGCGCAUGGCCUGUUUCUGGGCAGUAUGGAACGGGUACUCGAGUGCUAUACUAUGUUCUUAUCGCUGCAUGUCUCGUCGCGAGGAGGGAGGAAUGGCUGGUAAAUCCUUGUUUGGCCGCUGCGUUAGUGCUGCCAGCUGUUGCCGCUAUUCACGGCAUAGUUUUGUCGGCAAUGCACAAUCCGGAUGCGGUUGAUAUGGAUAUUUUUGGUGCCUUUCAGCUUUGCGCGAUCGGUAUCUUGGCAGCACCAGUGACGGUUAUGCUGUCAAAGACAUACUUUAAUGAUCCUGGCAGAAACACUAUUUUUCUGUGGACAUUUCUGCUAUUGAUCGGUCUUCUGAGUAUGACAAUUGAGUUUUAUCGUAUCGAAACUCACUCCUGUUUAAUCGACGCCUCGGGCAACCCAGUAUCACCAAACGCAUCCCAGUUUCACUACAUCGAAGGAAACAACUGUAACCUGACCUGUUCAACGCAAAGCGGGCCUUCAUCUCCAAUGAGGGGAGGCUCCGCGAACAAUAUCUAUGUCAUACCUGCACCGCAUACCCUCACAUUCGGCACCGCGACUCUACUCGCUGCAGCAUGCUGUGUACACGCUGUUUUAUGUCUCGUUUCUAUGUGGGAUAGAGUGCUUGAGAUCAAUUGGCGCCGAAGAUUCGGAAAACCGACCGACGACGCGGCAAGUGAGGAUGAUGAUGGCGCUAAUAAAGGUGUUAUGAAGAAGGUCAAUGAUACCAUUGGCUUUUUUCUUCGUAUCCUAGCGAUUCCUGUUUUUGGUGGCGCUGGCUUGGCUAUUCUUAUCGUGGGCGAGAUUAACUUUUUCAGCCCUCAAGUCAAUUACCAGACUGAACCAAUGGCCAACAUAGGCCAAUGGGCACCAAUUACAGGUACUGCGAUGGCCAUGAUCGGUUCGCUCCCCGCUCCUCCAUAUCCUCCCGAUUUCGAGACCCCUCAGUCUACGAAGAGCACAAUCAACCACCCCGCAACCCCUACCGACAGAAAAUAG